AUGCCGGCGUACGCGCGGCACUACCACGCCGUCCCGAUGCCGCCGCCGCCGCCGCCGAUGAUCGGCAUCCCGGUCCGCAGGGUAUGGGAGGACAACCUGGAGCCCGAGCUGGUCUUCCUCCGCAACUUCGCGGCGAACGCCAGCUACGCCGCGGUGACCGUCCACUACCCCGGCGUCGUCCACGGCGCCGGUCAGCAGAGCCACGGCCUGAUGACGGCGGAGGCGCGGUACGCCGCGAUGAAGGCCAACGCCGACGCCCUCAAGCCCAUCCAGCUCGGCCUCGCCGUCUACAACGACUUCGGCCACGUCGCCGCCUGGGAGUUCAACCUCCGCGGCUUCCACCCCGCCGCGGACCCGCACGCAGCCAACUCCGUCGAGUACCUCGAGCGCCGCGGCCUCAGCUUCCGCGACCACCAGGCGCGCGGCGUCGCCGUGGCGAGGCUCGCCGCGGGGCUCAACGGCUGCGGCCUGUUCCGCCGCCCGGGGGUGUCGUGGGCCACCUACGCCGGCGCGUACCACGUGGCCUACCUGAUGAAGAUCCUGUCCCUGGGCAACGAUGGCGGCAACCUGGUGCUGCUCCCCGACAGCCUAGGCGGGUUCCUCGACGCGGUGAGGCAGUGCCUCGGCGAGGACGUCUACGACGUGGCCCGGAUGGCCGCCGACCUCGGGCUGCCGCCCGGGCUGGAGCGCGUCGCCGGCGCGCUCAGCUUGGUUCCGCCGGCCCUGAGCCCCCGGCUCGCCGGCGCUGGCAGCGUGCUCGCGCUGCAAGCGUUCAUGAGACUCAAGUACUAUGAGUUCGGUGGCGAGGUGAACAGGUUUAGAGGCCUUAUCCAUGGGAUACAGGUCGUAUGA